CUCCCUUUUGUCAAGCUUGAGUUGACUUCCAUCUUCAUUGAGAUCUAUCACAAACUGAACAUAAUUCACGAGGAAGUGAGACACAUAUACAGGAAGGCUUUCCAAAGAAACAGAGAUGUCAUAUCAAACAGAAGCGAUGACUACCCAGCCUCAGAUGACUGUAACCAGCUACUCUGUCUCUCACUGGAGCUCUGAUGUCUGUGACUGUUGUGACGACUGUGGAAUCUGUCUGUGUGGGGCGUUUAUUCCUUGCAUUUUGGGUUGUAAGGUGGCCCAGGAUAAUGGUGACAGCUGCUGUUUGCCCUUCCUGCCCGGUGCUAUGAUUGCAUUGAGAACCAGCAUCCGUGACAGAUACCAUAUUAAUGGCUCUGUCUGUGAUGACUGGGUGAUUAUGACCUGCUGUCCUUUCUGUGGACUCUGUCAGAUGGCUCGAGAACAGAAGGCAAGAGGCUAAACUGAAAAGAAAACGAAGAGGAUAAAACGGCUAAUAAAAAAAAUGCCUCGAUGGCUGGAAUUGUUUUCAUCGUCUUCCCUUUAUUUUUAAAAUAUUCCAAAAUAUCAAUGAUUUAUGUGAUCCUUCAAGUACAGUAUAUGUAUAAAAAAUCAUGUUACUAAUAGGUUUUACAUUAUGAAGUCCUAAUUUUUUGCUUUAGUCUAGUGGCUUGUACUUUCACAGUUAAAUAUUUUCAAACUGCCUCCCCAAAAUUAGGGCUAAAUAUUUAAUGAUGGGGAUAAUUAAGAUUUCUCUCUUGAAAAAACAAUUGGAUCAAGCAUUGUGACCCCUGUCUGAUCUUAUUUGCUCUGCGUGAAACCUUUCUGGUUCCUCUUUCUCAUCUUUAAAAGAGAGAGAACGCCUGUCAUAGUUUUGCUAUAUUAUCAGGGAAGAUUUCACGAUGGUAAGAUACUGAAUCACAUUGAUGUUUAAAUAGAGACUUUUUUUAAGCAGAAUAGUCAAUGUAAUGAAAUAGAUUAAUGAAAGAUAGGAUUUCAGACUAUAAAGAUUUGCUCACUGGUUUAGAACCUGUGAAUCUGAGAUUUUUCUCUGUAUUUAUCCUGUUAACACUAAAGAGCAUAGUGUGACAUAAAUAGAUAUCUGUCUACUUUGUUUACAGUGACAGAUUUUACGCCUUUGUACAUGUAUGUCCAUAUGGUGAACAAACAUUUUGAAUGUAAAUAGAAUAAAGGUAAAAGGGAUCUGAGAAGUGGGAAAUUGGCAGUUGAAAGGUCAUGUACAUGUACACGUUUGUUUCUGAG